AUGGAUGUACCUCCUCCCAAAGAUCUAAAUGAAUUGGUGGCUGAUUAUCUGAUCCGUUCGAAGAAAGAAUCUGACGACAAGCAAGUAGCACUCAAAAUGAAAUUAACCAGUGCCAAUGACGUGAAGACACCAGUCUCACUGUUGCAGGAGCGGCUUAGCCGUCGGGGCAUAGCGCCACAGUAUGAUUUGCUGCAAGUAGAGGGACCGAAACACGAACCGACAUUUCGCUAUCGCGUAUCUUGUCAGGAUAAAGACGCUAUGGGUACGGGAAAGUCAAAAAAAGAAGCACAGCAUGCAGCCGCCGAGGCUCUAAUCGACAAGCUGGAGGGAAUUUCGCUCAGUGAUCCUCCAUCCGGGACCUCAAAAGUCAAGCCAAACAAAGUCGACGAAGGCGAAGAUGAACCAACGGGAAACUAUAUUGGUCAGCUGCAAGAGAUGUGCGUGGCCCGUCGCUGGCCACCGCCAACCUAUGAAACUGAGAAGGCAGUUGGAUUACCACACCUACGCCAGUUUACUAUUGGUUGUUCGGUUUUGAAAUAUCAUGAGGUAGGCAAGGGUAAAAGUAAAAAGCUUGCCAAACAUCGGGCUGCGAAGCGCAUGUGGCAAAGAUUGCAGGAGCAACCAUUAGGGUCGAAUCAAAUUGUGCAGAAGCUUGACGAAGAAAGCGAAGAAGAGCUGGAAGCGACCACCUCCACUGGCCAUGGUCAAAAGGAUUCCCAGUUCCAUAGUAGCUUGAAGGCGCGCACCGGCAAAACCUUGAGCAAAUUGCAAGCUACUUGUCUUAUUGAUCAAAACGUUGAUUUUGUUCAAAUGCUUCAUGAAAUAGCUACCGAGCAACGAUUUGAGGUAACAUUCGUAGAUAUCGACGAAAAGACGAGUGGCGGCCACUUUCAGUGUUUGGUGCAGUUAUCAACGCUACCGGUUGCGGUGUGUCACGGAAGUGGAACUUCGGCUGAAAACGCUCAAGCAGCUGCUGCACGCAAUUCGUUGGAGUAUCUGAAAGUUAUCACUAAACCCUAA